AUGCGUGAGCUCGUGCACGUCCAGGGCGGCCAGUGCGGAAACCAGAUCGGAGCCAAGUUUUGGGAAGUCAUCGCCGAUGAGCACGGCAUUGACCCAACCGGAACGUACCAUGGUGACUCCGAUCUCCAACUGGAGCGCAUCAACGUCUAUUUCAACGAGGCAACGGGUGGACGCUACGUGCCUCGUGCCGUGUUGAUGGAUCUUGAGCCAGGAACCAUGGACUCCGUCCGAGCCGGGCCUUUUGGUCAGCUCUUCCGUCCCGACAACUUCGUCUUCGGGCAGACAGGAGCUGGCAACAACUGGGCCAAGGGUCGGGCGCCCGUUGGCAAGCGAUGCAGCACAGCGCGUCAGGGUCUGUCUGUCGUGCUUGGCAGAAACUGA